AUGGACAAACAUAGUUCCAGCCUAUCUGGGCGGGCCUUGCGUAUGGCCCAGGUCAUCCUCGUCGUUGCUCCUGCUUUUAUUAUCUUCGGUUAUAACCAGGCUGGCGCCGGUCCUCUGGCCACUCUUCAGAGUUGGGUGAAGGUCUUCCCUCAGAUCGAUACCGUCAAUACCCAUGGCGCUGUUAAAGCGAAGAAUUCCACCGGCAAGGGCGCAGUGAUUGCUGCCUUCCAGAUUGGAGCUCUUAUGGGCGCUCUCUCUUGCACAUAUAUUUCUGAACGUCUCGGUCGUCGUAAGACCAUCUUCAUCGGAGCGAUCUUGACCAUCAUCGGUCAAUUGCUGCAGGUGUCUGCCUACUCCUUGAUCCAAUUUACGGUUGGACGUAUCAUACUGGGUAUGGGCGUUGGACAAUUCAGCGUGGCAGUACCUGUUUGGCAGUCCGAGUGUUCUGCUGCCAAAAAUCGUGGCCAGCAUGUUAUUGCUGACGGUAUCUUCAUGUGUUUGGGAUAUGCCCUUUGCAAUUGGAUCGACUUCGGAUUCAGCAGGCUCCCCCAUCAGACAACCGGACAAUGGCGUGGUCCUCUUGCUAUCUCCUUUUUCCCAUCCUUAGUGAUCCUGGCUUCAGUCUUCUUCAUGCCAGAGUCACCUCGUUGGCUGGUUCGAGUCAACCGAGUAGAUGAAGCAUCUGCCAGUCUCGCUGCAUACAAGGGAUUAAGUCUUGACGAUGAAGCAAUCAAGUCUGAAAUUUCUGGCAUUGAGUUAUCUCUCGAGGCCACCGCUCAAUCAAAGGGUGUUAUCCGAGAGAUGUUCUCUAAAGACGAUGAAGAGCGUCUACUUUACCGAUUUGGCUUGUGCAUUGUGCUUCAAUUCUUCCAACAAAUGUGCGGAGGCAAUCUCAUCUCAGUCUACGCAUCAACCAUCUUCGAAUCGAACCUGCACAUGAGCAACAGCCUUUCCAAGAUCCUCGCUGCGUGUGCCCUCACUUGGAAGUUCCUUUGCUGUUUUAUCUCUUUCUUUGCAAUCGAUCGCUUAGGCCGACGUGCACUGUUUAUGAUUAGUGGCACUGGCAUGGCUGUAUGCAUGGCGGCAAUGGCCGUUACGACCAGCUUCCCAUCCGAUAAUAAACACGCUUCCAUUGCAUCCGCGACUUUCAUCUUCCUCUUCAACCUAUUCUACCCAAUCGGUUUCCUUGGAGGAAACUUCCUAUACUGUACCGAAGUUGCACCGGUGCGCCUACGAGUCGCCAUGGCAUCGAUCUCGACAGCAAACCACUGGUUGUGGAACUUUGUCGUCGUGAUGGUGACCCCCGUUGCGUUGGAUACAAUUGGAUACCGGUACUAUAUCAUGUAUGCAAUUCUGUCAGCAUGUAUCCCGGUCCUUGUAUACUUCUUCUAUCCGGAGACGAUGAACCGGAACCUCGAGUUGCUCAACCAUGUCUUCCGCGAUGCAUCCUCGCCCUGGGAGAUUGUCUCCAUGGCGCGCCAUUUGCCGCAAGGCGAGGUGACCGAGGCGGACUUUAUGGCUCAAAAUGAGAAAAGUGAUGGUACUUCGGUUGAGAUGAAGGAGAAUGCUUGA